GACUCUGGUGUCAGACCUCUGCAGCUUCAGCCGCCAUGGAGAUGUCCUUCUGCUUCCCCCUUCAGUUCCAGGAGAACCCUUUGCAGUUUGAUUGGGAGUCUCUGCAGGAAAAACCUCUGGGUCCGGAUCCGUCCUCCGAUGCUGGUUACCACAGUGCCGCCAGCAGCCUGUCUCCCACCUCCUCUGUCGACUCCUGCUGCUUCUCCCCUGCCUCCCUGCAGACUGUGGGGACUGAACAAGAUGUGCUGGAGAGUUUUCUCUUCUGCAGCCCAGCAGAGCUUCAUCUCACCUGCCAGACUGGGCCACCUUCCAGCUUAUCCUCUGCCAGCAGCCCCACCGCAAAGAAAUCUAGGUCCAGGUAUCUGGGAAAGAAGCGCCAGACUGCCAGCGAGCGGGAGAAACUGCGGAUGAGGGAUCUGACCAAAGCUCUUCAUCACCUCAGAACGUACCUGCCUCCAUCCGUCGCUCCUGCGGGUCAAACCCUGACCAAGAUCGAGACGCUGCGUCUCACCAUUCGAUAUAUCUCCUACCUGUCAGCCAAGCUGGGCCUCAGCGAGGAAGUGCUGGAGCAGAGGAGAUCCCUGGAGCCAACCCAAGCCCUCGGACACCUCCAAGGUCAGCAGAGAGCGAGCUACGGCGCCCAGGAAACGAGCUGCAGCACCGUGAACGAGCAGCGCUCCUCGCCACAGCAAUCCAGCCAGGCUUCAGACGGAGUUCAGUUCUGGAUUCAGCAGCAGCAACAUCCAGCUGUGAUCUUCUCAGGACAGUGUUGAAGUCUGUCCUCCCACAUCUGCUCUGAACAAAAAAUCUAAACUUUCUUGAAUGAAUUCACUUGUAUUUGUACAUAGAUCUGUGUAUUUAUUAAGCUUUUUUUUUACUAUGAGCAUA